GGAGACACUCCAGGAAGUAAGACCCACUAGUGAUCCAUCCUGUGUUUCUGGGAAUCCCACUUUCCUCUGUGUUUCUCUCAGUUUCUGCUUAUUUGCACUUUGGAGAGGAGACGUCAGGAAGUUCAGCACUGGAUGGAGUUUCGUGCAGUGCUGUCAAGCAAAACAACUUUGCCAGUGGAUCUCAAUCAUAGUCUCAAACUGGUACUGUGAUUUCUCUUCAUUUUCUGUCCUGAGAAGGAAUUGAGAGGAGGAGGAAGGAAUGGCAGUUUCUCAGUGCUCAGUGACCUAUGAAGAUAUAACUGUGGUAUUCACUCAAGAGGAGUGGACACUAUUAAAUCCUUCAGAGAAGAAACUCUACAGAGAUGUGUUGUGGGAAAACCAUAGGAAUUUUCUCUCAAUAGGAAAAUUACUAGAUGAACAUUCCACCAAUAAGCAGCACCAUAACCACCAAGGAAGUAAACAAAGAAAUAUCGUCAGUUAUCUUCAGCUACAUGAAAGAACUCACAAUGGAGAGAAAGCCUAUGAAUGUAGACAAUGUAGUAAAGCAUUCAGUUCAGCCAGUCAUCUUAUGGUACAUGAAAGAAGUCACAGUGAAGAGAAACCCUAUGAAUGGAAACAAUGUAGGAAAAUAUUCACUGAGGCCAGUGAUCUUAGGGUAUAUGAUAGAACUCACAGUGGAGAGAAACCCUAUGAAUGUAGACAAUGUAGUAAAGCAUUCAGUCAGGCCGGUCAUCUUCAGAGACAUGAAGGAACUCAUAGUGGAGAGAAACCCUAUGAAUGUAAACAAUGUAGGAAAACAUUCAGUUGGCCCAGUCAUCUUCAGAGACAUGAAAGAAGUCACAGUGGAGAGAAACCCUAUGAAUGUAAACAAUGUAGUAAAGCAUUCAGUCAUGCCAGUUAUCUUAGGGUACAUGAAAGAACUCACAGUGGAGAGAAACCCUAUGAAUGUAGACAAUGUAGUAAAGCAUUCAGUCAGUCCAGUGUACUUAGGGUACAUGAAAGAACUCACAGUGGAGAGAAACCCUAUGAAUGUAAACAAUGUAGUAAAGCAUUCAAUCAGGCUGGUCAUCUUCAGAGACAUGAAGGAACUCACAGUGGAGAGAAACCCUAUGAAUGUAAGCAAUGUAGGAAAACAUUCAGUAGGGCCAGUCAUCUUAAGGUACAUGAAAGAAAUCACAGUGGAGAGAAACCCUAUGAAUGUAAACAAUGUAGUAAAGCAUUCAGUUUGGCCAGUUAUCUUAGGGUACAUGAAAGAACUCACAGUGGAGAGAAACCCUAUGAAUGUAGACAAUGUAGUAAAGCAUUCCCCCAGGCCUGUAAUCUUCAGAGACAUGAAAGAACUCACAGUGGGAGAAACCUUAUGAAUGUAAACAAUGUAGGAAAACAUUCAGUCGGGCCAGUCAUCUUGGGUACAUGAAAGGACUCAGUGGAGAGAUAUCCUAUGUAUGUAAGCAAUAGAAAAGACAGGAAAAAAAUCAAUGGAGCCAGUACCACCUCACCAUGGUUCACUUCAGUCAGUGUUACACAAGCUCCUGCACUAAAUCUGGUCCCCAGAUCAAAUUGUUGGGGUUUAUAGUUAACAAUAUAUGGUUAUAUAUCAGCAGAGUUCAGAAUUAAAAUCACUGGGAAACAAGUCUUUAGACUGUGAAGCAGAAUGAAGUGACCUGAGGGCAUGCAGAUGGUUUGUACAGGGUAGAAUAGGCCCAGUGAAUUGUAGUCGUGGCUUAUUUUACUGAUCAACAACAUGAAAGAUGACUACUAUAUGAACUCACUCAACUGGAAUUCAUAUAAGUGAGGUUCCAGAACUUGCCCAAAAGAAAGAUUAAAAAAAAAAAAAAAACAGAAACAAAGGGACCGUUUCUAUUACAUUAUAAGAACUGUAAUUGUUAUUUUUGAGAAACUGGGAACAUAAAACUUUGAUGUUGGAUGUGGUGUGGAACCAUACUCUGUAACUUUACUAUCUGGAAUUCCACUAUUAAUCACAAAUAAAAAUUGCAUAAAAUCAUUUCUCAAUA